GCGGGGCCGGGCGGUUGCGGGGCUGCCCUCUGAGGGCGCGGGGGAGGGCUCUUAGUGCGGGUUCUCCCCGGAGACAUCUUAAAGCUGCCCGAAUCCGGCCCCAGACCGUCGGCAGACGACGGAACCGAGGCUCCCCCGUGGGAAAGGGCAGGGCUGACAGGCCCCCGCCCCUGCCCCGUUCUCCCUGUGCGGAAUGGCCUGUUUUUCUAGAAGGAGGGGAACCCCUACUGCGGUAAAGUUGGGUGGUGCAGGGGAUGCAACGCUGGACUGGAACUCAGGAAGGCUCGAGCUCAGACGUUUAGCAGCAAAUUAAAUGUCGUCAGAAGACCGAGAAGCCCAGGAGGAUGAAUUGCUGGCCUUGGCAAGUAUUUAUGAUGAAGACGAAUUUAAAAAAGCAGAGUCUGUUCAAGGUGGAGAAACCAGAAUAUGUUUGGAUUUGCCUCAGAAUUUCAAAAUAUUUGUGAGCGGCAAUCCAACGGAGUGUCUCCAGAAUGGUGGCUUUGAAUAUACAAUUUGCUUUCUGCCUCCACUUGUGCUGAAUUUUGAACUUCCACCAGAUUAUCCAUCAACCUCCCCACCAGCAUUCACUCUGAGUGGCAAAUGGCUUUCACCAACUCAGCUAACUGCUCUGUGCAAGCACUUAGACAACCUGUGGGAAGAACAUCGUGGCUGUGUGGUCCUGUUUGCCUGGAUGCAGUUUCUCAAAGAAGAAACCCUAGCAUACCUGAACAUUGCUUCUCCCUACGAGCUCAAAAUGGGCCCCCAGGGGAAUGUACAGAGCAGGACAUCUCUGGCACCUCCUAACACAGAACUAGAUUUUGGGGGGGCAACUGGCACUACGGUAGACCAGGAAGAAUUUGUGGAUGAGAGAGCUGUGCAGGAUGUGGAGUCUUUGUCCAGCCUGAUACGGGAAAUCUUAGACUUUGAUCAAGCUCAGCAGAAAAAGUGCUUUAACAGUAAGAUGUACCUGUGCAAUAUCUGCUUUUGUGAGAAGCUGGGCAGCGAGUGUAUGUACUUCCUGGAGUGCAGGCAUGUCUACUGCAAAGCCUGUUUGAAGGACUACUUUGAAAUCCAGAUCAGGGAUGGCCAGGUGCACUGUCUCAACUGUCCAGAACCAAAGUGCUCCUCUGUUGCCACUCCUGGCCAGGUCAAAGAACUGGUGGAAGAAGAGUUGUUUGCACGUUAUGACCGCCUUCUUCUGCAGUCUACUUUGGACUUGAUGGCAGAUGUAGUGUAUUGUCCCAGGCCAUGCUGUCAGACUCCUGUCAUGCAAGAACCAGGAUGUACCAUGGGCAUCUGUUCCAGUUGCAAUUAUGCCUUCUGUACGCUUUGCAAAAUGACUUAUCAUGGAGUUUCUCCAUGUAAAGUAACUGCAGAAAAGCUAAUUGAUUUGAGAAAUGAGUAUCUUGAAGCAGAUGAGACCAAUAAACGAUUUUUGGAACAGAGGUAUGGCAAAAGGGUGAUUCAGAAAGCACUAGAAGAAAUGGAAAGUAAAGAGUGGCUAGAAAAGAACUCAAAGAGCUGCCCUAGCUGUGGCACCCAUAUAGAGAAAUUAGAUGGAUGUAACAAGAUGACAUGUACUGGCUGUAUGCAGUAUUUCUGCUGGAUUUGCAUGGGUUGUCUGUCUAGAGCAAACCCUUAUAGACAUUUCAAUGAUCCAUCUUCCCCGUGCUUUAACCGGUUAUUUCAAGCUGUGGAUAUUGAUGGUGACAUUUGGGAAGAUGAGAUUGAAGAUUAGUUUAACUACUUUACUCCUCAAAGCUAUAGAAGUGGAAUGGUUUGCCCUAUUCUUUUGUUGAGUACAGUGUGUGACCCUGCAGGAGGUUUAGAGAACCAUUCAUUCUUCCCAUGUAGGAAAUGUGGGAGAACAUGGUUUUAUUUUCAUUUUCUGCUGAUUAAGGCACGUGUAUAAUUUUCCACUGUUGUGUAAUGUGAACAAUUAUAAGCCAAAGGUUUUAGAAAACAUUAGCAAAAACUAGAAAAAGUAUUCAAUAUCACAAUGUGCCCCAGAUUCUGAACUAUAAAUGUUUUCUUUGUUACCCAGGCUCAGAGGGAGAGGGGUCAAAAUGAUAAUCUUUCAAAGACCUUUUUCAUAUCUCUAAGGCAUCUUGCUCUUCAGGGUAUCAAAUCAAAAGCACAUUCCUUGGGGUCAUUUCCCACUGGAGCCAUUCAGUACCGCUCUUUACACUCUAGGGGAAACUGCCGAAUCAUAGCCUGAGAUGUGCCCUUCCCACCAAUUCCAGGUCACAUACCUGCCAUAUCGGUCCCAGAAUAGUGAUAAAGUUGUAAAUUUUCAGUUGAUCAGAUCUUCCAAUGGCCUCUCGCACUUCUGGCUUUUACAGUGAAAAGAGCAUACGGACAUUUUUCCAGUUUAUCAGAAAUCACUUAUUUUUAUCCAGUAUCACAAAUAUUUGUGGAUCAUUUCAUAGCUAUUUUCUUAUUUAUUUAACAACACAUUUGGGCCAAAUGUAGAGUUCAGUGAAUUGUUACGGAAUCAGAAGAACAUGAGUGGAUCCCUUCACUUUAAAAUUAUGAUUUAUAUUCAAUUCUAAUCCAUUUUUAUAUGAAGUAAAAUUCAAUAGUGACUUUCCUCAGUCACCUACUUCUCCUAGCCCAUCUCUCACACAUACCUUUUAAGUUGGGUUGGCGAUUAACGUGAACUGAUUUUAAUAUUAUCCUGAGUAAAACAUAUUGUGAAUGAAAUCAGUGAGACAGAGGGUAAGGUUUCUUUUACUUAAACCUAAGGGGAGGGGGAAAAAACCAGCUAUGGGGAAAAUUGAAAUGUUUCCAAGGUGAAUAAAAAUUAUAUUUGAGUUAUCUGCUGCUUGUGACUAUUUAGAAUGCUACUCCCCUGGUAGCAGGUAAUCAAUGUGAUAUCAACCCUGACUUUGAAUUCUGCUUUUAAAAACCAUACUUUCUACAGUGAUUUAGAGUUUUUAGUUGGAAGUAUGGAAGCCUUGCUAUUUAGUUUUUGCAAGCUUUUAGAAAGCAAACUAUUCUUGGUAGGAGUGACUUGAUAGCAUAGUUAAUAUAAAGCUUCAAGUAAAUUUUUCUGACUGAAGAAGGCCUAUAGAUAGUAUCUUCAUUUGCUGUUUGUGAAACCAGUCCUUUUCCAUGCAUCUGCAUGCAAGUUAUUGAAAAUAAAAUUAGCACUUUUUUGUUUUACUGUGAUUCUGGGGUUACAUUUUGGACCACAUAGCUUUUUAUUGGCAACAGAAUUGUUAGCUCAAGUUAUUAAAAAUAAAAUUAGUAUUUUUUUUUGUUUUACUGUGAUUCUAAGGUUACAUUUUGGACCACAUAGCUUUUGAUUGGCAACAAUUACUAGCUGUCCUUUCUUUGUGUGAUUUGUUUGUGCACCCCAUGUUGAGAGCAUAAUUUGGUCAUCUUACUAGCUGUCGUGAGCUAGUUUGUUACCAAUUCAGUCCUAAAGCAAUUGUCCAAUCAAGAUAAAUGGGUAAAAUAAUUGGAUACUUAAGAAGACGGCAAAGUAAAAUCAUAGAAUGAACUUUUUUUUCCCCCUGGACCUCUAAUUGGAGUUAGAGUUCUAGGACCUGUGUUUUGACGAAACUGAUUGUUUUCAAGGGCGGUACCUUUUACAGACACUUUUUUUACUUCAUUUUUAAAAAUAAAUUGAACACAAUAAAUGUGAAUUCAGAAAACUAA